UGUUGGCUUCCCUUACUUGCCAAGUAUGCUGAAUCUGAGGUUUCAGAAGGUCCUCUCGUCGUGCCUCUUGAUUGCGAAUGGAUUUGGCAUUGUCACAGGCUCAAUCCGGUAGACAACUUCACGGAUUAAAACUCACACAUGGUUCUUCAAGUUCUUUCACAAUCAUCCCAACCUGCAUUUCUUUGUUGGUUUUUCAGGUGCGUUAUGUCACUGAUUGCGCAAAUCUCUACGGAAGAAUCCUUGUGAACCACAACAUUGUAUCCUCCGUUCAGGGAAUCUGCAAAAAGAAAACAGAAGAAAUUUGGAUCAAACUAUAUCCUGAAGAGCCAUAUGAACUCGAUAUGAGUAGCUGCCUGUCACAUGGCAGUGCCAAAAAUAAUUAUGCAACUUCAGAAAGCACAAAGUAUAAUCUAGUCUCGGCUGUCAGAAGGCAGAUUCCUUUCUUUUACCAGGUAACGGAACAGAGAUGUCAUCUGAAAUUUGUUAUCCUAUCCAAAUUUUUGCUCAAUAACUGCGACAUGUACAAACAGGUAUCGAGAUCUUACAUGAAUAACAAACUCUUUCUCGAGGGAGCUGUGGACAGAUACAAAGGGUUUUUGCAUUUGAUCAAGAGAAAUAGGGAGAGGUCUAUUACGCGCUUUUGUGUUCCGACUUAUGACAUUGACCUCAUCUGGCACUCCCACCAAUUGCAUCCUGCUUCUUACUGUAAAGAUCUUGUGGCAAUAAUGGGCAAGGUGUUAGAGCAUGAUGACACAGAUUCUGACCGAACCAAGGGUCAAAAGCUAGAUGUCGGGUUUUCUGAGACCGGCAAACAAUGGGAAGAGACGUUCGGUUCAAGGUACUGGAAAGCAGGAGCAAUGUACAGAGGCAGUGCUCCAUCUCCUCUCCCCACCAAUCUCAGCCAACUACAAAUACAAACAGGGAGAAAGAAGGUUGGUCAAUCUGAUCGGAACAAGAAUAUUAUUCAACUUCCAAAGACAACGUUUGUAGAGGUAGAUUCCAAUGUCUUCAUCUCCCACAUUUUUUCAUUACGUGAAUUGCAAGAAAGACACACUGGUUACUAUCCCGGGUGCUUUUCUACCACAAGUUGUUUCCUUGUCAAACUUUUAAGGUUUUACCUUUUCUGCUUCCUGAUUCACAUUCAGGUUAUGCUGGAAAUCGUGGCGGUCAAAGACUUACCAACCGGGCAUAAAGGCAGCCUCUUUGUCACCUUCAGUAAGAAACAGCCAGAUGUCUUCUUCAAGACUGGAAAAAGGAUAAACAUUUCUUCAGAAUCAGAGCAGAAAACGGUGUCUGUUGUUCAAUGCGAACCUGCGGGAGAGCUUGUAUUCGAGCUUAUGUCGUAUUCCCCUUCGAUUCUGUCAAUGUCAAAGACUCCUAUACUGCUAGGAACUUCAACAAUCACUUUAGAUGACAUCCUCAACCCUGUUUCUAAACUGCAAGUGGAGAAGUGGUUUCAGUUGACAUCGAAUUCUGCAGGUCCGGGUUCAAAGCCCAUCAGCAUACGCAUUGCUCUCUCUUCGACUACUCCGAUUCCAUCACCAUAUGGUGGUGAAGACAAGGCAAAUAGAUGUGGUGAGGGCGGUGGUAACUGUGGUAGCCAGUGUGGUGGUGAAAAUAUGGCAAAUAGUGGUGCUUGUGGUGGAUGCGGUGGUGCAUGUGGUGGUAAAAAUAUAGCAAAUAGUGGUGCUUGUGGUGGAUGCGGUGGUGGAUGCGGUGGCGGUGGUGGAGGAAAUUGUGGUGGUGGUUGUGGCGGCGGCUGCAGGAGUGCCCGGUUUGGGAUAUAA